GCCCCGGCCGGUCUCGGAUUUCGCGGUGGAGGGGCGACGUUGGCGCGUUUCGGCGGCCCUGCUCGCGAGGCUAGUCCUUGCGCGUCAUCCUGAGGCCCCCGACCGCCCGAACACAUCGCUUCGGCGAUCACGUUGCUUGACGUUGCCCUCGACGCCAUUUCCCUCGCGCACCGAACUACUACAAUUAGCGUGUUUAUAAGGUAUGGCAGAGGGAAAUGGUGAGCCCAAGAUGGACCAGAAAGAAGGCGAAGUAGACAAAGAGCCUCACUCGGAGGACCACGGCAAGCUGAUCGAGUACGGACUAGACGAAAAAGUUGCCUCAAAGUUAGAUGAAAUCUAUAAAACAGGAAAACUAGCUCAUGCAGACCUGGACGAGAGGGCAUUAGAUGCGCUGAAAGAGUUCCCGGUCGACGGUGCUUUAAAUGUCCUGACACAGUUUCUGGACUCUAAUCUGGAGCACGUCUCCAACAAAUCUGCGUUCCUAUGCGGCGUGAUGAAGACCUACCGCCAGAAGAGCCGCGCCGGCCAGACUUCGCAAGUACCUUCGAGCGCCGCCAAGGCGCCCGACGAGGACAAAAUCAGGGCCAUCCUCGACAGGACGGGCUACACGCUCGACGUCACCACCGGCCAAAGGAAGUACGGCGGUCCGCCGCCUAACUGGGAGAAACCCACCCCUGGAAACGGAUGCGAGGUGUUUUGCGGCAAAAUCCCUCGAGACAUGUACGAGGACGAACUGAUUCCGCUGUUCGAAAAGUGCGGCGUGAUCUGGGACCUGAGGCUGAUGAUGGACCCGAUGACGGGCCAGAACCGUGGCUACGCCUUCGUGACGUUCACGACGCGCGACGCCGCGCAGCAGGCCGUGCGCGAGCUGAAUGAUUAUGAAAUUCGAAAAGGCAAAAAGAUUGGUGUUACCAUUUCCUAUAAUAAUCAUCGAUUGUUUGUCGGAAAUAUACCUAAGAACCGUGAUCGGGAUGAAUUGUUAGAAGAGUUUACCAAACACGCACCGGGGCUGACAGAAGUGAUCAUCUACAGUUCGCCGGACGACAAGAAGAAGAACCGCGGCUUCUGCUUCCUCGAGUACGAGUCGCACAAGGCGGCGUCGCUGGCCAAGCGCCGGCUCGGCACGGGCCGCGUCAAGGUGUGGGGCUGUGAUAUUAUAGUAGACUGGGCCGAUCCGCAGGAGGAGCCCGACGAGGAGACCAUGUCCAAGACCAUGGCGCAGGUGAAGGUGCUGUACGUGCGCAACCUGACGCAGGACUGCUCCGAGGAGAAGCUGAAGGAGGCGUUCGAGUCGUUCGGCAAGGUGGAGCGCGUCAAGAAGAUCAAGGACUACGCGUUCGUGCACUUCGAGGACCGCGACCAGGCGCUCACCGCCAUGAACGAGCUCAACGGCAAGGACAUCAACGGCGCCCACAUCGAGGUCUCGCUCGCCAAGCCGCCCUCCGACAAGAAGAAAAAGGAGGAGAUGCUCAGGGCGCGCGAGCGACGCAUGAUGCAGAUGAUCGGUCAGCGAGCAGGGAUCGGAAUCGGUCCGCGCGGAGGCCCUGGCGGCACUCCCCUGCGAGGCCUGACUCGCGGUGACUAUGAUUAUGAUUACGACUAUUACGGUUAUGGUGAUUAUCGUGGCGGCUACAGUGAUCCUUAUUUUGAUGACUAUUAUAGAUACGACGAUUACUAUUAUGAUUACGCCUUGCAUCCAUCCGCGGCCCCACGUGGAAGAGGCAGGCAGCCCCAGCCGGCGGCUUCCCGUGGCCGUGGGGUGGUAGCGCGUGGCAGGGCCGGUGGCCCGCCGGGAAUGCCGCCGCGUGGCCGGGCGGCGCCCAGCCGAGGGGCGCCGGCCAGCGGGGCGGCGGCGGCGGGGCCGCCGGCGCCGCCAACACGUGGCAAGGCGGGCAGCAGCAGCAGCAGCGGGGCGCCGGCGGCCCCCAAUCAAACUCGUGGCCCAACAACGGCGGCGGGGCAGGCGGCCAAAGAGGCCGCCAAGUCGCCGGCGGGCCCAAGUUUACCAGGUGAGGAUGGUAAACGCAAGUUCGACGGAGGGCACCAGAACCAAGGGGAGUCAAAGAGGCGCUUCCAGACGACGGCGGGAGGCGGCGGGGGCGGCGAGGGUUCGGGGGGCGAGGGCAGCGCCGGCAACACGUGGGGCAGCCAGCCGAUUCCGCAGCAGCCGCUGAGUGCGUCGUUCAACGGCGGCAACAGCUACUGCGCGGCCGGCGGCUCGGGCGCGGCGUCGGCCUCGGCGGGCGGCAGCAGCGCCGCCGCCGACCAGCAGUGGUACCAAGACUCGUACGGACAAUCGUGGAACUGAAAAGCGAGCGAGCGACACGCCGCCGCCGCCGGCCACGCCCACCGGCCCAAGCAAGAACGAAACUACUGACAAAUGAAAACAAACAAACAACGCCUCGCCAGCCUCCAGCAUCCCUUCGACACACACACACACACAAAUCAAUUGUUUUUAAUCUCGAAUCCGCCGUUACGCCCACUCCGCACUCUCGGGUUUUCCCGCCUUUUUUUCUAAAUUGUAAAUUCCACGCAUUCGGACGAGAAUUAAUUGUUCGGAAAACCCGGUGUGUCGCGAGUGGGAGGGGCGUGGCGCCUGCCGCCGGGCCCGUUUUGGCCGCCGCCGCGCGCCCCCCAGGGGGGCCGCGGAGGCCGCACGGCGGCAGGCGGCCGGCCGCCGUUUCUCUUUGUUUAUUAAACUAUACUUCUCGAGUGAAGAAGGAAUUGUUGCUCAGCAAAACAAACAAACAAAACAUAAAAGAACCCACUUUGCCCUCGCUCUCGAGGUGUCGCCACAAACCGAAAUUUCUUCGUUCCCAUGCGAAAAUGGUGUUUUAAGGUCCACUCACACUCACACACUCUCACACACACACACUCACUCACUCACACACACUAGCGAGGUAAUAUUUUAUCACACUCUUGGUCUAAAAAAAAUAAAUAAAACAGAGACACCGAAACAAACACUUAGUUGUAGCCAGAGUUAUCUGUUGUUGACCGAAAAAGAAUCUUUUAAAAGCGCAUUUUACGCUUGUUACUGACGACGAGGAACGCAAGGAAGCCCAAGUUUGUGAUAAAAAUGUUAUCGGAAUCGAGAAGCAGGCUUGAAAAGCCGAAACCAUAGUUCGAUUAGCUGACUCUACAAACUUUGAAGAAAGCAAACAAAAAGAAAUGAAGUGUCCAAAACACUGCUAAACAAACUAAACUCGUGUACCAGGGAUUCAAACAAACGACGGUUUUAAAAACCUAUUUUACAGAAGCGAUUCGCGGAAGUUGUAAACAAACAAACAAACAAACUUUAAAACAAAAAAGUGUUGAUUCGUUAUUUUUGUAGCCCUCCCUUGCGCGUAUGCAAUCAGUUGCCUCUCCUGAUUUUUGCGCCCCCCAAAGUUCUGGCGACCACAUCACACACUCUGCGGGGGACGAAUUUCGAGCCACGCCCACCUGUGCAACAGGCGGGCUCUUUUAAAACACACACACACACACACACCGGGACACUUUGAAAACAUCUUUUAGUGUUUCAUUCAUUCACACACACAUGAGUAAAAUUCGAAAUGUAAGUUUUUCCAGCGUUAAGUUGUAAUAAUAUUAGUUUCUACACACACACAUAGACAAAUAAACAAACAAACACACCUGCAGACAAAUCGAUCGAUCGCCACAGUUUGAUUGUGUAAUAAUUCAUACAUUGUAAAAUAGGCUUAAUUGAUUAUCGCAAUAGUGGUAUACACAAACUUGGUCUUUGCUGAGUGAGCGAGCGAGCGAGAGGAAGGAGGGGGGAGGGAGUCUGAGGAGCCGGAAGCGGGGAGGUGGAGAGGGGAGUAGGAGGAGGAGGAGGAGGUGGAAUGACAGGUGCUUUUUGAGAAAGAGCACGCGCGUAAGACUGAUGUAAAAUGUGACAUAAGAGAGGGGCCGCCCCCUUGUUGAUGAAAAAAAAGGACAAAAUAAUGUUAUUUACAAGUUUAAAAGAAGGAAUGGGAGGGGAGGGUAGAAAUGUGCGCGUGGGCGAGCGGAAUAGACCAGUUGCAAUUGUGGAAAGCCCCGAUUUUUACGAUUCCGUGCGAAAAUCGCGGCUGAAUUAAAACUGCGCAUGCGUCAUAUGACUAGUUUAGUAGUAAAGCUGCGCUUUCCAGGCCCCCUAGCGAGCAUCACUAGGGUGUAAGGAAAGGAGAGUAGAUGCUAGCAGGCGCCACUGCCUUCAGAGCUGGUACUCUACUACUCCUUGUCUUACACUCCGCUAGGGGGGCCUAGAAAGCGCCGCUUUGAUACUAAACAAGUCAUUCGACGCAUGCGCAGUUUGAAUUUAGCCUCAAUUUGAGCAUGGAAUCGUAAAAAUGGCGGUUUUUUUACAAACGGAACGGGUUUAUAGGCAAGCAACUAUUCAACGUGCCAAAAGUAAAUAAUCUCACACGAGGAAGAAAGCAAGCAAGAAAGCAAGCACACAUUCUAAGCAGGAAAACUAACUAACAUUGUGUUCACGCCCGUUUUUCUCACAUACACACAUAGACACACAUGAAUUCGGGGCCGCCAGUUCUUUUGUCCCGCCGGGAAUGGAUUUCUUGUCGACACAGAACACACACUCACACACAAAUCCAUGACCAGCAAAGAAUUUUUGUGAAUACCACAAAAACGCUAUUGUCAUUUUUAUCUGUUUAGGUUUAAACAUAAAUCGUGAGGAGUGGGUUUUGGCUUUGAUAGCGAUUAUUACUUUUUAAUCAUGUACACAGACCUAUUUUUUAAACUACAAAAGAUCACAAUCUCUCAGACAGACAGCAGCAGCAGUCCACAACAUUUCUUUUCCAUCCCGCACGCACGCACGGACACGCGCGAAACGAAGCAAACAGCUGACUCGCGGGGCGCGGGAGGGAGGGGAGGCCCGGCCCUCCCCUCCACUCCACUCCACCCGCGCCCCGGAGCACACACGUACACACAGAUAAAUGAUGAUGUAUAAAUAUGUUUUCGGCAGAGAAUGUUGUUAAUAAUAUUUUAAAUACGAGUGUUUGAUAUCCAUAUUUGGAUACUGGCAAAUCCGGCGUCCCGCGGCGCGCCGGACACUGGCUGUCCGGCCGCCCGCCCUGCACGGGACGGGACGCCCUCUAUCAUUGAUUAACUAUAUUCUCCAGUGUUGCUCGCUCGGUCGGUUGGUUGGUUGCGGUUUGUUCAAAGAGAGAGAAUUUCAUGUCUUCAAAUAAUAAUAUUAAUUAAAAUGUAAACGCUAAUGUGCGAGCGAGAGAAAGAGCGAACGAGAAGAGAGAGCGAAAGAGAAAGAGAGCAUUCUUGCGUCGAGGGUAUGUUACCUUCGGUUCAAGGCGAUGAUUUUUUUAAUAAAACCGGGGAAAACGCGAAAAAAAAGAAGAAUUAAAAGCAUCGGACACACGUACACACUCACUCUCACACACGAUGACGAUAAUAAUCAUUUAAUUUGCGGCUGAGACGUGCACCGUUUUGUGAUCGAUUGAUUCUAUCGUAUAUUUUUAUCCGUUUCUCUUCCUUUUUUUUAAAUAAAUUUAAAUUUAAAUCAACUGCAGAACACGCGGCACGCUCGUUUAUUCAUAUACUCUAUUCUAAAUAUUAUUACUGUGUAUUUUCGCUUUUCCUUUUUAUCCUAUUUUAUUGCAUGUUAAAUUUUAUCUCGUUCUAGGCUGAAUCAAUUUUUUCCUUUUAAUCACAAUCACACAUACACACACACACACACGAUACAUUUAAUUGGCAGUGUAAAGUUAAGUGUACUAUAUAGUUGAAAAAUUAAAUCUAAACGAAACACAGAAACAAACACGCCUCCCUAUCUAAAAACCAACCGUUUCGACAUUAGCUUAAAAGAAAAGAAUGAAAGAAAGAAAGUAUUGAACACUCACUCACUCACAACACACACGAAACACAGACGGAAAAAAAAGAAAGAACUCGACUACUUGAUUGUUCGGCAUUAAAUUUCGCAAAUUGUCGCGCAGAUUUCGGAUUAAACGUACGUACAUAUAUACUUGGUUCAUGUUCGAUUUGGGUCAGUAUAUAUUGUAGCGGAAUAUUUGAAACUAACAAAAAAAUGAUGAAAGAAAAGCACUGGCUGUUCAGUUGCAUUAUACGGCUUUAUGUAAUCCCCUUACAUGUCUCAAUAAAGUUGUAAGAGAUAUACUGAAAACGACAAAA